AUGAGAAAACUGAAAUAUCAUGAGCAAAAAUUAUUAAAAAAAGUAAAUUUUUAUGAUUGGAAAAGGACACAAAAUGUAAGAGAAGUUAAAGUAUUAAGAAGAUAUGUAAUUCAAAAUAGAGAAGAUUAUACAAAAUAUAAUAAAAUAUGUGGAUAUAUUACAAAAUUAGUAUCUAAAUUAAGAUUAUUACCUGAAAAUGAUGAAUUUCGUAUUAAAAUGACUGACGAACUUUUAGAUAAAUUAUAUGAAAUGGGUUUAAUAAAUUGUAAAUCAAGUUUAGCUGAAUGUGAAAAAUUAUCUGUUUCUUCAUUUUGUAGAAGAAGAUUAUCAGUAAUGCUUUUUAUGCUAAAGUUUGUUCAAAAUAUUCAGCUAGCUAUAACAUAUAUUCAACAGGGAAAUGUGAGAGUAGGAAAUGACAUAAUUAACAACCCCGCUUUUCAUAUAAAUAGAAAUUUAGAAGAUCAUAUCAAAUGGGCAGAUGGCUCCAAAAUUCUUAAACAUAUACAAAGACAUCAAGCAUCGAAAGAUGAUUAUGAACUUUUAGGAAAUUAA